GGCUCCUGACGCACUUUCUACUAGUGGGAGGGGAACUAGGGACCCGAGCCCACUGGUGACGUUUCCCUCACGUGAUCAGGAGCCGACGUGUACAGAAGUCCCUCUCCUCCAGGUACCAGCUCCCUAUUUCCGUGGAGGAAGAUAGAUUUUAGACUGAGAGACAGGGGUCAAUUGCCCUGUAGCCCUGCAGGUCUUCGGGUCUGUGGUUGUAGGCACCAACCCAGACAAGAAAAGGAAAGACCUGCAGGAUCAGCGCAGGACAGGCAAAGGAGGGAAAAAUCUCAACAUGGAAAGGGUCUACAAAGAAAAUGAAGGAAAGCCAGAAAAUCAAGGAAACUUACAAAAUGAGGGAAAGCCAGAAGAUGAAGUAGAUACAGAAGAUGAAGGAAAGUCAGAUGAGGAAGAAAAGCUGGAAGUGGAGGGGAAGCCAGGGCACAAGGGAAAGCUCCAGAAUGAGGGACAGCCAGAUGAUGAGGCACAACCGGAAGAUGAGGGAAAGCAGGACACACAGGGCAAGUCUGAAGAUGAGGGAAAACCACACGGCAGCGAGGGCAAGCCAGAAUCCCAGGCAAAGCCGGUGAGUGAGCCGCAGGCUGCCGAAAAGCGCCCGGCUGAAGAUUAUGUGCCCCGGAAAGCAAAAAGAAAAACUGACAGGGGGACGGAUGACUCCCCCAAGGACUAUCAGGAGGACCUACAGGAAAGGCAUUUGGGCGGUGAGGAGAUGAUGAGAGAAUGUGGAGAUAUGUCAAGGGCUCAGGAAGAGCUAAGGAAAAAACAGAAAGUGGGUGGUUUUCAUUGGAUGCAAAGAGAUAUACAGGAUCCAUUCGCCCCAAGGGGCCAACGAGGUGUCAGGGGAGUGAGGGGCGGAGGUAGGGGCCAGAAAGACUUAGAAGAUGUUCCAUAUGUUUAAUGCCUUUGGCCUCUAAUUCUGAUUUCUCUGAUGGGAAUAUUGCCAACCCCGCUUUCCCUGGCAGGCAUUUGCCAGGCUAUGUGCUUUAACCUUAAGCUGAUACUUUGCUUUAGGUGUCACUCUUGUUACCAGCAGCCUUUUGAUCCAACUACAGUGCUCUGUCUGUGAGUAGGGGAUUUUCACCCAUGUGCAUGGAAGAGAUGUUCAUGGUACAUUGUAAAAUAACAAUAAAGAGAAAACAGUUUUCAGAACCGCA